UACACAGGCCAUAACACACGAUUGCGGCAUAUUUGCUAUUAGUGCCCACAACCGAAACUAGAGCUUUUCAAGAGUGUCGCGCAAGGAUUAGUAGACCAAUGAGGGUCUCACAAAAAAGAAAACGUGCUUCACCGGCCACAUAGGAGAGCGCCAACAUACGCUGUACCAGCUGGCGUCAUCAUAUGUCAUAGUAGAUGAAAGCAUGAACGACAACAUGGAGAUCAGGCCCGGCACAGCUUCUUCUCAGGACUCGUUGAUGACCCUGAACCUGGAUGACAGCGGAGGGGACCACAUCAAUGUAGUGGUUAGAGUGCGUCCUCUGACUGCCCAAGAGAGCGAGGGCAACAAGGCUCAAGCGCUGAAGUACCCGGGUGAAGGACAAGUACUGGUGGAGGAGCCAGUAAGUGGCCAAACCAAGCUGUUCACAUUCACCGUGGUUUUCGAACCGGAGGCCACCCAGGAGGACGUGUUCGAGCACUGCGGCAUCAAGCGGCUAAUUGACAUGGCGCUCGACGGGUUUGCCAGCACAAUCAUGGCGUAUGGCCAGACUGGUGCCGGCAAGACGUACACGCUAACUGGACCGCCGGUGUAG